CCUCUCACUUUUAGGAAAAGGAUCACAUUAAAAAAGAGGUAAAAAGUAAGGGAAGAAGAUGGGUAAGCUCGGCUGCAACAUUGAUGGGAACCUGGAUGACACAAAGUUCAGCCAGCCAAUGCCAUGGAUUGGCAUCUACGUUGCAGCAGCAUCACUGGUCUGCCUUGUUGCAAUGGCUGCGGAUGCCAUCCUAGGAAUCCGCAAUCGGAAGUUCUGGUUCCCGUGCAAAUUCUCCUCAGGCAACGCCACUUCCCUGACCUUGUUAGCCGUAGCAAUAAAGCUGUCAGUGGAUCUAAAUACCUCGAUGCCUCGCCCCCAAGAUCAGCUUGCAAAACUCAGCAGCACGGUUUUCAUCUGCACAGUAAUGGGUAAUUCUAUGCCUUCUCUUGGAACCAUGGAGAACAAAGAAAUGUUUAUGAACAUUAUGGCCUUGGGAAUACUUGUUAUUACAGUAAUUGUCAAUAUCUGCAUCCAAUUAACUACUGGGGUAAUCUAUGUUUUCUGGAAAGAACAUGCUUUUAUCAUGUUUAUCAUGCUUCUUUUGCUUCUUAUCAUAAGUUUUUCUUCUCUAACCGUUCCAACUACUAAGCAGUUUUUGGAACAUAAGUACAAUAAGAAGUACGAAUUAGCUCUGAAAGAAGGCUCAAACGAAACUGGUAAACCGGUUGUUGACAAACUUAAAGAGGACGUUAUGAAAUAUUGGGUGAUGUCUCAUUCAAGUAGCCCCCAGUUUGUGAUGGCCCGUUCAGUGACGUGCACCGCCUCUGGAGCAUUCUGCCUUAUGAGUGCUGCAACUUUAGCAGAAGCCAUGCUUAGAUCAUUCUUUAUGCCCAGGUCAUUUAAAUUUUGCAACGGAGAGUCUGAGUAUAAAUGGUCCACCACUCUAGUUCUUGUUAUACAGACUCUUGCAGUAGGAGUUGGUACUAUAGCUCCAGCAUGUAGAUGGUUCUUCGCCAUCAAUUACGGUGGCCAAAAACGAGAGAAUCAAAGCUCCAGAAAAGAAUUGAAGGUAGAGCACUACUGGGUACAGAGCCUAGUAGAGAUGAAAGAGUGCCCAUUAACUUUAGGAAUCCGAAAUCGGCACUACAGGAAGCUUGCCCAUGAUGCAAAAAAACAAUUCUUAAACUUGUGUAUCAGAGUGCAGAGUGGGAUUGUGAUAAUGAGCAAAUUAAUUUGCCUCAUUUCCAUUUUCUCUGUUUACCCGAUCUUGUUAUGCCACAACUACUGCACAGAGUUAAAGAAGAAAUUCAAAUUCAUGAACGGUGUUUCAAACACUGCAUCAGCUUCCGAAUCAGAGCCUUGCUCGAAGCUGGAUCUUAGUCGUUUUGUUUUGCGUCUUGAAGGCGAGGAUGAAUUGGUUGGGAUGAUGAUGAAAUGCAGCCAUAACCCUACUGAUCAUUGGAUUCGGGAGGGUGACAAGAAGCGGCCAAAAUACCUCAUAGAACUGUUGGAGACAUCAACACGAGGUUUCAAGGGAGUUGGCGAGUUUGACAAUAACCAAGUUCCUUCUCUAGAUUCUGAAGAACCACCAAAUUGUUGGGCUCUUCCUGUGGUGACACUGGCAAGUAUUGCAGUAGCACUUCCGAACAUCAGCCCUAGAUUCAUUAGAGGCUUAAUAUGUAGUGUGAAUGAAGGUCUGAUGUAUGUAAGACUCAUAGAAAAUAAUCUGCAAAACAAAGGAGAUUUGACCAACAUCAGAAAGGCAGCAGAUGUUGUCUGGCUAGGAGUUGAACUUUAUCACAAGUGGUUGGAUGUGGAUCUCCACAAACUGUCUCUUCAAGGAAAAAGCUUAAAGGAAACACUUCAAAAACUUGCCGACAACGCAAAGAACAGGCUUGUGGAAUUCCACAAGGAACAAAAUACUCAAUGUCUAGAGCGAAGCCCUUCGAAGUGGCCCAUCAAGGUAUUGGCUGCGAAUUCCAUGUAUAGAAUAGCUCAAACUAUGUUGCUAAAUAGUGAAAGCAGAUAUGAUCAGAUGAGUGAGAAAUUAUCAGAAGCAAUAGCUGUCAUGAUUUCUGAUAUACUGGGUGCUUGCCUCACUAACAUACACCGUGUUGUAUCCAUGAAAUGUUUGAGCAGCGCCAUCGAAGAGAGGGAGGAGAGUGUGAGGUAUGCCGUUUGCAUUCUUGGUAAAACUGAAAAGAUUCUGAAACUUCUAGAAAAGAAAGCACUCCCCAGUUUAGAUCCUUGUCAAAUGAUAUGCAUUGACGAGUGGCGCACAUUAUACAUGCAGAAGAAACCCUUGCCCUUUCCAUCAGAGGGCAAGAUAGCUUCUUCCAGGUCAGGUGACUUGUGCCUAACCAUUAAGUAGAGUUGACAAGCCUGGAGUUGAUAAACAGAGCAGCCUAUGAUUUUAAUGUCAGUGCAAAGCUUGUAAAAGGGGAGAAGAAAUUGUUUUGCUUCAUAGAUGAUGAUCAUGUAAAUACUUGCAACCACUCUCAUUAUGAAAUAAAAUUUUGUUCUAU